UGGUGACGAAUCCCAGCGCUACACCCCGGCGCUCUUUUCAAACCGCUGCACCGCCAAAUAUGCAACUUCAAACCUCACGACGGCAUUCGUUCAACCAAAAAACCGAUGCAAUCAUAUAAUGAGGCGGGUACAAGUCAUCGGUCCGAACUACGACGCGUUUGUCUACGAUGUGGCGUUAAGUUGACGUCUAAGCUAACAUUAGCCAGUUAAGAAAAAAGGGGUGUUUCCUUAAUGAGGGUAAGUUUUAAAAACGUUAUUGUGUUCGAGACUGAACUAAAUGACAAAUGAGUCUCGAACUAGGGGGCUGGUUUUGGUGAAUACGGUCAAAAGCGGGUAGAUCAAUGGUUAAAAUGCUAAUGUUGUGCUAGUUUACGCCAUAACAACCAGCUGAGUGGUUUAAACACCAACCCACCGGCCGACGGCGCGGUGGUGUUACACCUGUGGAGGAACACCUGCUGGAGCCGGCAGCAUGAGCAGCAGCACCGAGAGGAGGCUGGUCAGCCUGAGGAGACGCCUGGACCAGCUGGGGUUCAAGCAGACGCUGGGGACGGAGUCUCUGCCGCUGGUGGAGAAGCUGCUCAGUGAUUUGGUCCGCACAACCGAGAGUCUGCGCGAUGCCAGGCUGUCGGCGGGGAAGAAUGAGAAGGACAGCCGGAACGUGGACGCCCUCCUGGAGCCGUACAGGACGGAGAACGGCCGGCUGGUGAAGGACAACAACGAGCUGCACCUGCAGCUCCUCAAGCUGCGGGAGGACAGAGAUGAGGUCACCAGAGAGCUCAAAACUCGCAUUCGGAAACUGGACCAUGAGACAUCUGACCUGAAGUUUUUAAACAAUCAGUAUGUACACAAAGUUCGCUGCCUGGAGAAGGAUAGCAAGGCUAAAGCUGAACGCAUCCAGCAGCUGCAGGAGAAGAACAUGCAAGCUGUUGUGCAGACACCAGGUGGAAAAAAGCGCAGCAUCCCUUUCAGACGGCAGAGAAUGCAGAUCGAUGAACUCGUACCUCCCUCUGUUACAUCCGCUUAUCCAGUUCUUCAGCCGGAUGAUCCGUAUGUGGCAGACCUCUUGCAGCUGGCUGAUGGAAGAAUUCAUGAACUACAGGAAGACAUCGUCAUGGUCAAACUAGACUUUGAAAAAGCCCAAGAAUGUAUAAAACAUCUCAACUCUCAGCUGGAGGAAAGGGACAAGGAAAUUGAGCGUUUGAAUCAUGUACUUCGUGGAGGACGACCUCAUGAUGUCAUUUCCCUUGAAGCUCAGAACAUCAGUAGUGAGAAGCUGAUCGCCCAUCUCAACCUUCAGAUUGAGUACCUACAAGAGGCCAACAGAACCCUGGAGCAAAAGAUGGAGGGACUGCAGCAGAAAAAGAAAGAUGCUUCCACAGAAGUGGCCAAUCUUUCUUUAAAGAACCUGGAAUUAUGCGAGGAGCUGACGCACAUAGAUGACCUGGCAAAGCGUCUGGAGACGGAAAAGGAGCGCGUGUUGGAAACUGCUGACAUGGAGCUGCUAGAAACUAAAACAGAAAUUCAAAGGCAGCAGAAAAUCAUUGAAGACUUGGAGGAUAUUAUCACAAAUAUAAGAAGGGAGCACUCUGAAGGUGAAUUUGAAAAAGACCGUCUCCGAAAUCAGCUGGUGGAGCUCAAAGAGCAGAACGAGAAGAUGGAAGGACUGGUAAACUUCCUGGAGGGGGAGAAGAUCAGGCUGCAGGACAAAGUGGAGAAAACGAUGGCAUCUGACAAAGACCUGGUGCUGGAGUUGGAGAACAUGCGCGCUAAACAUGGCGUCUGCAGACGAGAACGCUCCCCAUCCCGCCUAGAUGCCUUCGUGAAGAGUCUGGAGGAGGAGAGGGAUUACUACCGGCAAGAGGCCGAGCGCUUCAAACGAGCCAGAGGAGCAGGCGGUCUGGCCCCGAGUCCCAGUCGCAGUCCUGAAAGGAGCAGGAGCCCGAGGGCCAAAGUAAAAAAGAUAACAGACUUUAAAAAAAAAAGAGAGAAAGAACAACUGUCGUCAAAUGUUGACAUGACGAUGCCUGCCGUUUUUCAGGGAGUUGUUGCAGAGGCAGAGCUGCUUCGUGCAAUUAAGGAAAGGGACGACCUCAAGAUGGUUCUGUUGGACUUGGAGAAGCACAGGGAGGAGAUGCAGAGUACUGUGAAGGCCCUGACCAAUGAGAGAGACCAUUUCAAGACCAUGUUUAAGCAAGCCCAAGAGGACCUGAAGUUGCCUCGUAGUGUAGAUACGUUGGCCGACGUUUCCAAACUCCAGGAGGAGGUGAAACGGGCAGAAAUGCAACUUGAGCAGGUGACCGCGGAGAGGGAAACAUUGUUGGAGAGGUUAAAGGUCGCCCAGACUUCAGCUCUCACAGACCGACAAGUAGAGGAAAGGAGGAUUUUUGAGCUGGAGAACACUGUCGAGAGUCUGGAGCGAGAGCGGCUGGACCUGCGGUCACAGGUGUGUCUGCUGAAGGAGAGAAGGGAGGCUGCAGAGGAGGAGCUGAAGGUUCGUGCUGCUGCUCUGGUCCACAACGCAGAAGAAGUCACGCAGCAGAGGGCCGAGGCCAGCGCCCUGAGGCUGCUACACGAGCAGAUGGAGCAGUCAGUAGCCGAUACUCAACGCCGGCUGUCUGUGAAGAUGAAUGAGCUGCGCGUGGCCCAUGAACAGAUUGAAAAACUUGAGGAUAAAUUGGGGGAGCUGAGUCAGCAGAGCUCCAAGCACAAAGAGGAAGUGCCGUUUCUCAAGAAGUCCAUCUCCGCCCUGGACAGAGAAAAAGAUGUUCUGCAGGAUGAGGUGGAUCAAAAGACAGAGAAGCUAGUCGCGCUCCAGGAGGAGUUGUUGAAGAAGGAAAGGACCCUUGAAGAUGUGAGACUGACCGUUAAAAAUUUGGACAACUCACUGGCGCAGCUUCAAGGAGCAUUAAACAGCCGUGAGAGGGAAAUAAAGAGUCUGAGGAGACAGCUGGACUCAUCGCAGGAGGAGCUGGCUGCCCUCAGGAGAGACAAAGAAAUCACAAUUAGAGAGAACAGACGUCUGCAAGAUGACCUGGCCACUAUGACCAGAGAGAAUCAAGCUGUACAUGUGGAAAUGGAAGAGGCUCUGCAUGAGAACGAUGACAUGAAGUUGAGGGUGCACUCUUACAUUUCUGAAGUGUCCAGAACAGAGAAGCUGAUGGCUACCAAGGAGCAGGAGAACAGGGAUUUGCUGGAGCGCUUCAGGAUGACCUGCUCGGAAAUGGAGGAGCGGAAGCAGAAGCUGGAGCAGGCUGAGGGGCUGAACAACUCCAUCCGCCUGGAGCUGCUUUCCUCCGACAGCGAGCGCAGGCAGCUCAGAGAGAGCAUCGGACAACGGGAACGAGACAUCCAACAGCACGUGCAAGCACUGCAGGCUUAUGAGGCCAAAGUGUCGUCGCUGGUGCGUGGGAUGUCCCGGCUAGAAGAAGACCUGCACCAGGCGCAGGAGGAGAAGGCCGGUGCUCUCGCAGACCUGGCUUCUGUCAGGGAGCUCUGUAUUAAACUGGAUACUGGGAAGGAGCUCACAGCUCGACAGCUGACAGCCAAGAGCAUGGACCUCGAGAGGGUGACGGGGGAACUUGAGGACAUUCGGGUGGAGAUGGAUCUACUAAAGAAGCAGCUGUCCAGUGAGAGGGUAACCGUGCGCAACCUGGGGACGCUCCUGUCCACCAACCGGCAGAAAGAGUUCCAAACUCACCUGACGACCAGCGAGAGAGAGUCUGAGCUGAAAGUCCUGCGUGACAGGCUCAUCCUGGCUGACAGCAAAACUGCAGAGCACAGCAGAGAGGUGUCCCAGCUCCGAGGCAAAGUGUCCCAGCUGCAGACGGAGAUGGACGUUCUGAAAAGACAACUGACUACUGAACGCUUUGAACGUGAAAGAGCAGUUCAGGAGAUGCGCAAACGAGGCCUGUCCUUUUCAUCUUCCCUCAGCAUCUCGGGCAGUCCUCGCCUCUCCUCCACAGAACGCUCCACCCUCCGAACACUCGAUAGUAGUGCUGAUGUGUGAGGCAGAAAACACCAGAAGCUUGAGUCUGGACAUGAAACGAGGAAGCUCUCACAGACCUGGACUUGAAGCAGCCUGUCGUUUUCUUCAGUGCCAACUCCUCCUCCCCACCACCUCCAUGGGCAUUAUCUAUUGUGUGGUUGGAACUCUUUUUACCCAGUCAGAAAAUCCACACUCUGUAUCAAGUACCAGCACGGAUAAAUGUAGGACUCAUUUGGGUGAAAGCGUUUCAGUCUUGUGUUCGAUAGCCAUGUUUUUAAUGUUAAAAUGAUUAAAUUAUUGUCAAAAUAAAGUGAUGGAUGGAAAA